AUGGUCGAUACGAUUGAGGAAGUUAUCGACAAAAUCAAGAAUGGCAAAACUUUACCUGACGAUCGUAUACAGAAAUUUACCGAUGAUUUAUUAUAUGGUAAAUCAAGCAACAAUGCUUGUCGUAUUUUUUUGGCUCUAGCCGAAAACAAGUUAGUUAUAUCAGAUUUAGUAUUUGAAAGACUUUGCAAUAUCAUUAUUAAUAAUCACGAAAAAAUCACACAAGAGAACUCAAUUCGAAUAAUUUAUAUUCUAAUAGAAAAUGGUCAAAACCCAUCAAAUCUGUGUUUAAAAUCACUUUCAAUUGCAUUGCAAAGUCAGCAAAAUCCAACAUUAAGAAGGUAUGGAUCAAAAAUUUUAUAUACCCUUAUUAAAAACCACGGUACUUUACGUUUGAAUCCUUCAUUAUUGAACGCAAUGUCUCAUGCAUUAAAUGAUCCAUUAACAACUGUUCAAUCAUAUAUGUUAUAUUCAUUUGAAGAAUUAGUUCGAAAUCAACGUUAUGAUAUACACCAACAAUAUAUUGAAAAUAUGGAAGCACUUCUGUCAAACACAUAUCAAGACAUCAAUAAGAAUUAUGGAAAAUGUGGACUGAUGACUUCUUUUUUCUUAAAUUUAUUAUAUCGACAAUAUAAACUAAAUGAAAAUUUACUUGAAAUUUUCAGUGAAUUUCUAAUUGUUGAAGUUGUUAGCCAUAAAGACUUGUCUUUAAAUCGUUCAGCAUCUUAUGUGCUUCAAAAAGCUAUUGAAAACCAAUUGUUUACUGGAAACUUAACACCGAAAGUAUUGAAUAAUAUUUCAAUAUGUUUCAAUUCGAUGUCUUCACAACACAAAGAAAUGCUUGAAUAUUGUCUUAGAAUUUUAUGUGCCUUAAACGAAGAUCAAUUGGUAUCGACACGAUUGGAUAUAAAACUAUUAAAAGAUUAUUUAAAAGACACGAAUUUAGAAGAAAAUAUACGAUCACAUGUGGCAAUUCUUUUAGGUAAUUUAUGUAAACUAUCAUAUCAAAAUAUCGACGAUGAUUUCAAUAUAUCAAUUCUUGAAGAUACAAUCGAUAUUCUCAUUGAACAAUUAGAUCAUGAAAAAUUAUUACAAAGUUCAAUCUAUGCACUUAAAAACAUUGCUCAAUAUAAACAAGAUUAUUUAUCAAUAUUUCCACUUCGAAAAUUUGUAACAAUACUUUCUAAAGAUAGUUUAAAUAGUGAAAUACGUCAAAAUAUUUGUUUAAUACUAGCAUUAUCAAUUGAAAAUAAUCAAUCUAUAACGCAAAAUGAAAUCGAUGGAUUAAUAAAUGUACUAAAUGAUUCUGAUAAAAAUGUAUGUAAUACCGCUUUUCUUGCAUUGAAAAACUUCUUUCAAAACGAUUAUUCAGAGAAUGAAAAUUUAUCUACAAUUGUAAAGACUUAUGCUGAAAAUAUUUCAACUCUAUUAAUCGAUAUAUUAUUAAAUUCAAAUGAAAUGCUAGCAAUAAAUGCAGGAAUUUUAUUGAACUUACUCAGUGAAAAAAAAUUCAAAAUAUAUUUUACAAAUUCUGAAAUCAAUAAUAUUUAUAUUGUAUUACAAACUCAUCAAAAUCAAUCAGUACGUCAAUAUAGUUUGGAUUUAUUAAAUCGAAUUUGUUUAAAACAAACCAAUAUUCCAAAACAUGUAUAUGAUUUAAUAGAAUUAGAAAAAAUAAUAAAACAUAUUUUAAAACAAAAAAAUUUAAACAAAUUUAUUUCUAUUGAAUUAGAAAACAAAUUGCAUGCCUAUUUUAAUGAUACAACUUUCGAUAAUAAAAUGUUACCACUGAAUAUGUUCGAUGUAUAUGUUAAAAUAUUAGAGACAGAAGUAUAUAGUUCGACAAUAUUUGUAUUUUUACUCCAUUGUGUAAAAGAUGGUCAAAAAAUACCAACUCAAUUGACCGAAACAUUAAUAAAUCAAUUAUGUAUCAAUAAAAAUAUCGAAAAUAAUGAAAUUUUAAUUGAAACUCUGUACUAUGCUGUUUAUAAUGGACAAUCAUUGAACGAUGAAAUGAUGCAAUUGUUUAGUGAAUUUUUUCUUAAAAGUCAAUUUUAUUCAAUAUAUACAAUACAAAUAUUCAAAUUAUUGACCAGUCGUAAUGAAAUUCGAAUUGAUAUGAAACUCUACAAAAAAUUUGUAAAUUUAGUACAACGUCAACAAGAUUAUCAUAUACAAAUAAAUCUUCUUGAAAUAUUGGCUUAUUCUAUACAAAAUAUACCAGUCGAUGAUGAAUUACUGAGUAAUCGCAUUAUGACAUUAAUAGAAAAAUACUUUCAAAAAAAUGACACAUCGAGAGAAAUUAAAUAUUACAGCUGUGUAGUAUUAAAUGCUCUUAUCGAACAUCGAACACGUUUAUCAGAUAUAACAUUAAAUCUUCUAAAACAUUAUGCACAAGAUGAUGAAUGUGAUGAUACACUAACAACAACAACAUAUUCUUCAACAAUAGAUCUAAGAGAUAUAUCGCUCAAAACACUGGGAAAAUAUGUCACUAUGUAUCAAACAUUUGAAAAUAGAAUUAACAUAGAUGAAAUAAAACAAAUCAUUAAUCGAGAAAUGCUUGGUCAAAAAAUUUUAGAAAGUCGAAAUUCGAAAAAUCGUUUAAAAUUAGCAAAAGAAUUAUUAUUAAUUGUUCAAGAUGGACAACAAUCUUUAUCAAAAUACAAUAUGAAAGUUCUCGAAUUAUCGUUAUAUUCAAAUGAUUCUUCUAUUGAAUUGAAAUUAAUUAUUAUAAAAAUUUUUGAAUAUGUUUCAGCUCAUUUAAAUUCAUCAGAAAUUCAAUUGAUUCUAAGUUUAAUACACGAUAAAACAUUCAGCACAAAUAUAAUCAAGGUUCUACAAACAUUAGUUCAUUUCAGACAAUCAUUUCCAAUCGAAACAUUGAACAUUUUAAUUGAUUUCGCAUCUGAAAAUAAAAAUUCUACAUCACGAGAUAAUGUUAUCAAUUGUUUAGAAGUAAUAAUUAAAUACCAAACAAUAUCAUCUGAUCUCGAGAAACGUACUAGAUUCGAAAUUUCAUCCAAAAAUAUACGAGAUCCGACAUUGAAUACUGAAAGAAAACAAACAGCUGUUAAUGAAUGUCGAAACUUUGUACAAGAUGGUUUCAAAUUAUCAACCAAUACAAUUGAAUCACUUGAAUAUGCUGUAAAAAAUCUCUUAGACACUAAUCAAAUUAGCGACACAGUGUUUCACAUAAUCGAAUUAGCCGUUCAAAAUGGUCAAAAAUUGCCAUCAACAUUAAUCUAUCUUUUGAGUCAUUUAACAAACGACAAAAGACGUUUAUUUGAAAUUCUAAAACUCAUUUCAAAUAACAAUCAAGAAUUAAUAACACAAGAAAUAUUAGACGAUUUCGAACAUUAUUUAAUUGAAAAUGUUACUAAAUCAUAUUCAAUUUUUCUGAAAGGUGUACAAAAUGGUUGUACAUUAACAAAAACAACAACUGAACGUCUUGCAAAAACUCUUGAAAAUUAUGAUAAUACCUCAUGUAUUCAACGUUUAGAUGUCAUAAAAAUUUUAAAACACCUUGCUGAAAAUACCGAAACAAUUGAUGAAAAUGUUAUUCAAUAUCUCGAAAAUGCAUUCAAUGAUAACGAUCAUAUACUUCAACAAUCGAUAUUAAAUAUUCUUAAAUGUCUACCGAAUUAUCAACCAUCAGCAAAGUUUUUAAUUUAUUUACAAAAUGUUUUAGAACAACACCCAUGUUAUUCAACAAUUGAAAAUAUUUUAGGCAAAUGCUAUAAUUUACCAAUUCAAGUUAAAUUACAUAUUGUUUAUAUCUACUUAAUUAUAGAAUAUGUAGAAAAUGGCAUUAAUGAUAAACCACUUAAGUUCAUAUGUCGAGAAUUAUUAUGUAAUGAUUUAUUAGCACGAAUUUAUGAACAUGAUAAAUAUGAUCAAAUAAAUCAAUUUGAAUUUUAUUCAAAUUUGAAUACUUUAGAAGAUUAUUUUCAUUUUCAACCAUAUUCUGUAGAUCGUGAUGAAAUUUUAAUAUUUUUUAUAGGAAAUCAUUCGAAUUUUACGUUGAAAGAUAUUAAUGAAAUUUUAUUAUUGAUGAAAACAGAUUUUCAAGCAUUACAAAUAUUGCGUAUCGCCUCAAAUGAUUGGCUUGAAAAAUUACAAAUUCAUUGGCUACACACAAUUAUCAAAAGAUAUCAACAUAUUAAACUAAAUGAAAAUGUUACUUGGAGUCAAUUAGAAAUCACAUAA